AGCGGGCAAGUAAAGUGCCCAACAGAAAAUUGUGCGGUAGUCUGAACAGCCUGCUCUACUGGAAGAAUAGGCCGACUGGCCGAUAAUAUUUGCUAGCUACUCCGGUGUACGUGUGCAAAGUUUGUAUCGUGACGGUAGGCGGUAUGGCGACCUUGCUGAGGGCAUUGCGGUCCACCGGCUUGCGGGCUCCGCAGAUUACCAGGGGCCUCUCCGCUUCAUCCGCGCUCAACAACAAAGCCAAUAUUAAGGGUUAUAAGGUAGUCGACCACGAAUACGAUGCGAUCGUUGUUGGUGCUGGCGGAGCGGGUCUUCGAGCCGCUUUUGGUUUGGUAGAAGAGGGCUUCACAACUGCUUGUAUCACCAAGCUCUUCCCAACGAGGUAAGGGCGCCGAAGUAGUA